CAUUUCCAUCUGGCAAAUUCACAUUUUUUUAUAUCCUGUGUGCCUUAUUCAAUCAUUAUCUUGUAAUGGCAGUGCAGGACCCUGGCAGAACAACGAGUUUUACUUGCAGACAAUGUGGCAUGGUAUGUCCUGAUAUGCCCGGUCUAUUUGAGCACAUGGAUGUUCAUCAUCAGCAAGAGGAAGCGCGUAAAUUUAAAUGUGAUCAAUGUGGACGUGGUUACAGACACGCUGGCAGCCUAACAAACCACAAAAAGACCCAUGAAGUAGGUUCUUUUCAGUGUUGCAUAUGUGGGAAGGAAAACUGGAAUGCCUCGGCGCUGAAGAGCCAUCUCCGGAGCCACACUUCAUUUAAAAAGUACUCCUGCGCAGAGUGCGGAAAAGCUUUUCGUUUGGCAACUCAGCUUGCUACACAUGAGAAAGUCCAUCAGUCCAGGAAACCAAGGGAUCAGUUAUUUAGGAAUAUAGACACGGAGAAUCCAACACGUGAAACUGAAAAUGAUCAGCACCAUAACUUUACUGACAAAUUAAACAAUGCUGGUAUUUCAAUAGAAAAUAGCUCAUCCAAUGAUAAAACUAACAGCUAUAAUUCACAAUCUGACACUUGUGGUGAUGCCGUAGACAGACCGUUCAGGUGUGACUUGUGUGACAAAUCAUACAUACACCAUCGAAGUCUGAUCAAUCAUAGAAAGACUCACCAACUGGGAGUGUUUGAGUGCACUGUGUGCUUCAAGUUAUUCAAAAAUAUGGCUGCUUUCUACAGCCAUCAGAGAACUCACAAGGCAAGAAGCAGGUCGGACCUCAGUUUGGCAGCUGACACAAACACAACACCGGACCAGCUGCCAAAACAUAACCAGGACGCUCCAUUAAAUUUUUGCCAUUUAUGUCAGGUAUGUUUUCCCAACGAAGAAGAGUUCCAGGAACAUAUCCAAAUGCACAAUUCUUCUUCUGUGUCAUUUGGGCUUCAGGAUACUUUAUCAGAUAAGCUACAUAUAUCAUAUGACAACAGUAUUGCUUCACCAGAGUCUAGUUUUUGUGCCUCUCCUAUAAAUGCUAUACCUUCAGUGUCACCAGGAGUUAAUUUGAGAAGCUUUGAUCCUCCACAGGAGCAGAUGACAAGUACUGAUAAUGGGCUCUUGGACUUUUCCACUGAUCAAAAACCAUCUUCCAAUAGCAUUCAGGGAGAGGCCCCUGUAAUGGACACGAGCAUUGAGAGUCCCACACAUGUGCCAUCGCAAAAUAUUGGAGAAACAUCAGCUGUGGAGUCUGAUGAGCGCCCCUUCAAGUGUCACAUUUGUGGUAAAAGUUAUCGGCACUCAGGGAGCCUUAUUAACCACAAAAGGUCACACCAGGUGGGGAUUUACCGAUGUUCAAUCUGCAGUAAGAAUUAUCCUCACCUGGCUGCACUUAAGAGUCACCUUCGUCUCCACAAAGCUCAGCCGCCAUCUUUCAACGUCGCUGCAGAAGGAGACUGGCUCUCGUCAGAGCCGCUCACUUUACACAACCAGCCGGGCUGCUUUUCUUCGCAGAACGAGCAGGAAGAUGGCGCUCACGCCGUACUUGGUGUUGACCAAGAGACUGGAGUUGACGUCAGAAAUGGAGCGUUUUACGAGGAGCAGUUUAAUCGGGACUUUUCCCAGGAUGCAGCACACAUACCCCAUAAAGAAGAAGUAACACCAAGGCACAUGUGCGCAGACUGUGGUGAGACGUUCACAGAUAUCGCAGGGAUCAAGUCUCAUAGUUGCCCUUUGCUACAGCAGCGACACGAGACCACUAUUAACGAAUAUCCGAACAGUUUUAGCUUUCAGUUCAAUAACGGUCAUUUUACUGUAGAAAAUCCAGGAAGUAGUGCAGAGAUGCAUGGCCUAAAUGGUAGCCAAAGUUACUUUGAGCAGAAUUUUCACAAAAAUGCAAACAGUUCUCAGCUGGAUGCUGGCAGAGUAGAUGAUUCUGAUGAGGACGAUGAAGAUGGAGACCAUUAUCAGUGUUCAAUAUGUGGCAACAACUACAGCAGCAUGAGUGCUCUCAAAAGCCAUCUCCAAGGACACACACAGUCCCACGAUGCUCCUCCAAGCUCAGGUCCUUCCUCCCUGUCCUCCAGUGAAGGAAUGAAAGAUGAUGAGCUGGGGGAAAUGAUGAUUUGCAGUUCCUGUGGGGAAAGUUUUGCCAGUAGACAGGGCUUGAUUUCCCAUCAGCUUCUACACAACAAGGACCAGACAGAUCAUGUCGACCAUUUACCUCUGAACAGAGACGUUUCAAGAAGUAAAGAGGAAGCGCAGAUCAUUUGUGGCAGCUGUGGUAUCUUUUGCUCAAGCUCGGAUCAUCUUGACAACCAUGUCUGCACUUCAGAGACAAAAGGUGAGUCAGGACACCUCAAAGAGGAAAUGGAAAUAAACAGUGUUGCCCAGCGAGAAGAGACAAGUCUCAUCAGACAAACUGUUGAUGGUGAGGAUCGUCGGUACAAGUGUGAUCAGUGCGGUCGGUCUUACAGGCACGCCGGUUCCCUGCUUAACCAUAAAAAGUCCCACAAAACAGGUGUGUUCAGAUGUGUCACCUGCCAGAAACGCUUCUACAACCUGCUGGCUCUUAAAAACCAUCAGAGGUCCCACUUUGACGUUAAAAGACAUGCUUGUCAUGAGUGUGGGAAAGCCUUUAAAAUUCAGAAGCAGCUUUUGAACCACCUGAAACGGCACAAAGAGAACCAAGCCAAAAUCCAGGAACUUAACAGUCAGAUCCAGGCGCUCAUGCAAAUGAAUGGAAGCGGGUCAGAUGGAAGAAGGCCGUCCUUAGCUUCAUAUAACAGCCUGCCGCUUACCUGUAAUCGACGCCGCACGCAGCAGGUUGAAGGAAGGGCAGAACAUGCAAAGUUGGAAACCUCAGUUAAACUGGAGGACGAGCGUGAUCGGCGACCUUUUGCUUGCGACCAGUGUGGGCGCACAUAUCGGCAUGCAGGAAGUUUGGUCAACCACAGAAACUCCCAUAAAACGGGUGAAUAUUGCUGCUCCGUUUGCAACAACACUUACUCUAACCAGUUAGCAAUGAAGAACCACUUGCGAACCCACUUUGCUAAUAAGAAGCACUUGUGCCAGAACUGUGGGAAAGGCUUCAGAGGAAAGAAACAACUGCUGGCUCAUACCUGUGCAGACCUCGGAAAGGGUGGGGCUGCAGGCAGGAGCGGCCUCAGGCGUAGAACAUUUAAAUGCAAAAAAUGUCAGAAGGGCUUUAUGUCUGUGGACCAACUGGCUGACCAUACCUGUGAUGGGCCCUCCGACUGCAGAGAUUCACAUUUAAAUAUGUCUUUAAGUAAAGAGGAGCGUCCAUUCAAAUGCAGCAUAUGUAAUCGCACCUACCGUCAUGCUGGCUCGCUUCUGAACCACAAAAAUACCCACAAGACCGGACACUACAGCUGCGCCUUCUGCUCCAAACCCUUCAGCAACCCAAUGGCUUUACGCAAUCACACACGAAUCCACACGCAGAAGAAGAAGUAUGUAUGUCUCACAUGCGGGAAGGCCUUUCGUCUCGCCAGUGUCCUACGCAACCACCAGAGGGUCCACAAUCGGGCGCUGAGUCACUUCAGCUGCUCUUCGUGUGGAAAGAGCUUCCAGGGCAGGUCUGGCCUGAAAAGGCACCGCUGCCACAAAGGUCAGGAGAGCAACACACCAUCUGGAGCCCAGCAGUCUGAGAGAGCAGACAGGCGCUUCAUGUGUGACCUUGUCGAGCCCUCCUACCACCACGCCACGCCCCUUCUCAACCAUAAGGAGUCUGACACUGAAAACCUCCACCGCUGCACCUUGUGUCUGCAGACGUUUCCUGACCCUCUCGCUCUGCACGCACACUCCCAGAUGAGGCGCCAGUGUUGCCCCGAAUGCGGCAAGACUUUCUGUGAGGCGGCACACCUGCAGAGCCACAUGGAGACGCACUCCAAGGAGCAGGUUGUAAGCUGCAGACUCUGCCAGCAGAGCUUUCCCAACGCAGCCAGCUUCCAGGAACACCACGACACACACCACGUGGCUCAGUGUCACCAAGAUGUGUGUGAACCUGUAGAGAAGAACCUCUGCUGGGACUCAGGAAUACAUCAGUCCAUGGGGAUGGGUAAGACACCCAACCAGGCCCCACCACCGUUGGCCCAUCUUCCAGAAAGCAUCACUGAUUCACAGAGUAACGAAACUUCUGCAACAGAGGAGAAGAACCACGUCUGUGAGCACUGCGGCCGCUCCUACCGCCACGCUGGUUCCCUCCUGAACCACAAAAACAGCCACAAGAUGGGCUCCUUCUUCUGCUCAGUCUGCCAGAAAGAGUUUACCAACCUGAUGGCUCUCAAAAACCACCGGCGCAUCCACACAGAGCCGAAGCGCUACCAGUGCCUGGAGUGCGGCAAGGCGUUCCGUGUGUCCACUCAGCUCAUAUGUCACCGGAGGAUACACACUAAGGAGAAGCCCUUCGCCUGCAUGUUGUGCAGCAAGACCUUCUCCAGCAAGUCCAACCUGCGGCACCAUCAGAAGCUGCACCAAAACACGAGCCAGACCUAUGACUCCUCGUUCAGCGUCGACGCCAACACAUUUGUGGACCUGGACAUGGAGUCUUUCUUAUAA